UAAACUGCAGGUGUUAUUUCAGAUGCCUUACUUGAAACAAUAUAGAGGUACUUUAUAAUGUGUUUAUUAAUAGUGUUGUCUAUACAAUGUGAGAUUACCGGAUGUUUGACACAAAUGAAAAAAAUAACUUAUAUUAUAUAGGUCUUGUAAAAAGAACUUACUCAGAUGAUCAAUUUUAUAUUUUAAAUGUUAUAUAUAUUUUUUCUACUAUCAUCUAGCUACAUUCACUGAAAAUCCUCACCAGUGAAACAUGAUCUGAAUAUGUCGCGGACCAAACAGGGACCAAAGCGUUAAUUACGGUCGCCAGGUGGCGCCUGUAGGCUGCACUGUAAUUAGCAGAGAUUGGCAGUCUAAUCAAGUGUGUUGAUUUUCAGGUGGCUGUCGGCUGCCUGCCCGGCUCAGAAGAGUUCAUCCUCACCGAUUUGUCCAAAGAUAAAACCGGCCCAGUGGAUAAUAUCAUGAUUAACUCGACUGUCGACAUUUUUGAAAGGUCAACAGCAACCGUGGAAAGGAGGAAAAGCGUUUCCAAAAGAGAGAAACAGUAGGUACAUGUGCAGUGAGCGACAGCUAGGAGAGCAGUUCAGGGCACGAGCCAAAGGCGCACACACCCACUAGCAGAGAGCAAGACUGCAUUAUUCAACGGAUCCUCUUCUCUACACUCCUCUGGGCCAGUGACUCACCCCCUCUGCACCUCUUGCUGAGCCAUUAUUACCAUGGAAACCCCGAGCCAGAAACGCACCAGCCGCGGCGCUACUUCCGUCUCCCCGGCCCGCAUCACCAGGCUGCAGGAGAAGGAGGACAUGAUCAACCUCAAUGACCGGCUGGCUAUCUACAUCGACAAGGUGCGCUCGCUGGAGUCGGAGAACGCCGGACUGCGAAUGCGCAUCUCUGAGUCAGAGUCCACGGUGACCCGCGACCUUUCGGGCAUUAAAGCGGCCUAUGAGGCGGAGCUGGCCGACGCCCGCAAGACCCUGGACCAGGUGGCCAAGGAGCGAGCACGCCUGCAGCUGGAGCUGAGCAAGAUCAGGGAGGAGCACAAGGAGCUCAAAGCCAGGAACACGAAGAAGGAAUCUGACCUGGAGGCGGCUCUGGCCAGGCUGAGGGAUCUGGAGGCCCUGCUGAACUCUAAAGAUGCUUCCCUCUCCACCGCCCUGGGGGAGAAGCGGGCCCUGGAGGCCGAGGUGAAGGACCUCAAGGCCCAGCUGGCCAAGUUGGAGGGUAGCUUAGCCGAUGCCAAGAGGCAGCUGCAGGAGGAGAUGCUGAGGAGAGUGGACGCCGAGAACCGCCUGCAGACCGUGAAAGAGGAACUGGAGUUCCAGAAGAACAUCUACAACGAGGAGUUGCGCGAGUCCAAGCGCCGGCAUGAGUCUCGCAUAGUGGAGGUGGACAGCGGGCGGCAGCUGGAGUUUGAGAGCAAGCUGGCUGACGCCUUGGCCGAGAUGCGAGCUCAGCACGAGGAGCAGGUCCGCUUCUACAAGGAGGAGAUUGAGAAGACCUACAACUCUAAGCUGGAGAACGCUCGUCAUUCUGCUGACAGGAACAGCCACUUGGUGGGAGCCGCUCAUGAAGAGCUGCAGCAGACCCGUGUUCGACUGGAGGGCAUGUCAGGCCAGCUCAGCAUGCUGCAGAAGCAGCUCUCGGCGAGCGAGUCCAAGGUGCGCGAGCUGGAGGAGGCUCUGUCGAGGGAGCGGGACAUGACGAGGCGGCGGCUGGAGGACAAGGAGCGGGAGAUGGCUGAAAUCCGAGCUCGGCUGAUGCUGCAGCUGGAAGAGUACCAGGAGCUGCUGGACAUCAAACUGGCUCUGGACAUGGAGAUUAAUGCCUACAGGAAGCUGCUGGAGGGAGAGGAGGAGAGGCUGCGUCUAUCACCCGGCACUCCAGCCACCAAGGUCACAGUGGCACGGACCUCCGGCUCGGGCCACGCCCACACCAGCCGCAUGGUCCUCCACGGCUCCGCCUCCACCACCGCCACCGCCUCCAGCAGCCGCAACUCGUCCGGCACGGCCAGCGCCAAGAAGCGCCGCAUCAACGACAACGACAGCGAGACCUCCAGCAUGGCGGGCGGCACCGUGACCAAGACUCGCAUUAGUCAGCACGCCUCAGCCAGCGGCCGCGUCACAGUGGACGAGGUCGACCUGGAGGGCAAGUUCAUCCGUCUCAGCAACAAGGCUGACGAGGAUCAAUCUCUGGGCAACUGGCAGGUGAAGAGACAAGUAGGAGGUGGAGCCGCCAUCAUCUACAAGUUUCCCCACAAGUUCAUCCUGAAGGCCGGAGGAGCUGUCACCAUCUGGGCUGCAUCUGGCGGUGGAACCCACAACCCCCCCACUGACCUGGUGUGGAAGAGCCAGAACUCCUGGGGCACCGGAGACCUCCUGCAGACGUCGCUCAUCAACGCCAACGGAGAGGAAAUGGCCAUGAGGAAAGUGACCCGCACCCUGUUCCAUGAAGACGAUGAUGAUGACAUGGGAGCUCACAGCACGAGCGGCGCAGACAACGAGUACAACCUGAGGAGCCGCACGGUGAUCUGCGACUCCUGCGGGCAGCCGUCGGACAAAUCGGGUGGUUGCAGCAGCGGGGGUCUACCUGAAGGCCUCGGGGGACAUUCCUUCUUCAUGGGGACCAACGAGCCCAGAAAGAGCCGUGCCAACCCGGAGAACUGCUCCGUCAUGUAAAAACCAGACAGCACCUCACCUGAACCCACCACCUCCUGCAGCCCACAAAGGAGAAUUAUCAUCUUUUACUGUUUGGGUUGUUUUUCUUUCUUCUUCGUUUUUUAUAUGGUCUUAUUUUUUUUGUAUUCAGAUUAAUCUGCAGGUUAGAAUUGCUUCGAGGUUUUUGGGCAGAGGGCACAGGAUUUUUUUCGUAUUCCACUUUUUGAGUUUGUGUAUUCAUUCAACGUAUGUUAUUGCAUGUGUGCUGUGCUAAUGCUUAUCCUGCUCUUCUUGCACACUCUUUCACGCACACACACACACACACGCACACACACACACACACACAGCUCCAUUGACCAGUGCUUGUGCUUCGAUCCAAGCCGGGUGUUUCACAUUUAAUGGCCAUGCUGUCAACACUCAACACGCACAGCUAGUGAACCCUGCUAGGAAUAAUCUCUACAGUCACACAGACGACAGGGAAAUAAAUCCCACGGUUAAUCGUGUUUAUCACUCAUCAAAUUGAUCAUUUAAGAUGUUGUUUACAUUCGCGAUUUACUUGCUUCGGGAGCAGUAUUGUGCUGUCUUUAUGUGCUGCAGAGAAAAUACACUAAAUUUAGCUUUUUAUUUUUGAUAAACUAUGUUGGAAAAGUGUCCAAAGAAAGCCAAAGUACUGUAAGCUCAGGGUGUUCAGCAGGUUUUAUUUCACCUUUAGCCUUAGGAAAUCAUGUCGUGGAACAUUUUAUAUGUGGAUGUAGAGCACACGGUCGGGCUGCUAUGCUGCAAACAGAGAAAAUAAUUAUUUGAGAGGAAUAUUUUUUCUGGAGUUCAAAGCUCGAGUCCAGAGAGACAUAUCUGGUUAUGUUUUUGAACGUGUGUGGGGAAUAAGGAAUUAUUGUUUGCUGGAUAAGUUGAAUGUACCCAGUUUAUAAAAGUAUAUCUCAGUUGGAUGUACGUUUAACCCAAAGAUGUUUUGUCAUGAUGAUAGGAACAUGUUGGAUUUGUUUUCUACCUGGGGGAUUAUCAGGAAUAGGUACUAUGUUUUGAGUCUUUACUGGUGCCAUUUAUACAGUAUAUAUUUGUAGGAUGUUUCAGCUUCAUUCAACACAAUGAACAUUAUUCUGAUAGAGAGUUGUUGCUGCUAUUUACAGAGUGCAACAGUAGUUUUGGAAACAUUUUAACAAGCUUUUCUACAGAAUGGGGGGAAAAAAACAAAAGUGCCUUCAGAGGACAGAAAGCAACACUCACUGUUCUUUGGGCACAUGCCUCGUAUCACAGUCUUGUGACUGUCAGCUGUCUGAUUUUUGUUGCUCCUUAAAAAAAACUGGUCAUAAGGGCUUUUUUUCUUUCCUCUUAAGCUUACUGGCUUUGCAAAUCCCCAGGCAUAAUUUUUUGGAUCUUAGUAGGAUUGUGGGGUUUCUAUACUUUGUGACUUUGGCUUCAUGCACUGCUUUUAUUGAGCGCCUCGCCAAAUAUGCACAGCAGGUAGAUUUGUACUGUAGUCUGGCAGCUUAGUUCAUUUAUACUCCAGUGAAAAGCAUAUCAAAGCAUUUACGGAAAAUACUUGAUAGCUAAAUUUUGAUAUUUUUUUCUGUAUUGUACUUAAAGGAUGGUAUUUCUGCCACAUUAGAUUAUUUUUUGCCUUUAAAGAGAUGGUUUGGAUUUUAGAAGUGCAGUUGUAUGAGAUACUGUAAAUACACUAACAAUAGGCGGUGUAUUUAUCUGCAGUAGAAGGUGAUCUACUGGCACCCAACUUGAAGAGGCAGGAAGAAGUACUGGCACCAAAGCUAAGCAGAGGAAGUGUACGCUGCAUUAAGAAUAUUUUUGCUGCUUUACCUUGCUGUCAGAGAGCCCUGUUUAAGUUUAUGCGGGGGGAAUUAAAGCCAUUAUCUAUGCCCUCUUCAAGGCCACCAGACUGCAUUGAUAAAAACAGUAGUUUUGUCAUCCCAGAAAACAGGAGUUGCUGGUGCACCGCUGCCUCGAUUGGUUAGUUUGUUUGUGUUAUUGUGCGACUUCGGUAAAUAAUUUAUCCUUUAAAACAUCAAAGUUUCACAAUAACAAACAAACUAACCAACCGAGGCAGUGUUAGACCAGCAACUCACAUGUUCUCUGAGGUAAAAUUAGUGUUUUUCUCAAUGGAGUCUGGUGCCUUUUACGAGUGGAUAGAACAGCUUCAGUUAUUUUUGUAUAAACUUAACCUGGGCUGUCUGACAGCAAGGUAAAGCAGUAAAAAAUAGUCUAAAUAUAGUGUACACUUAAACUCAUAUUAGCAUAUAUGUCUGCUGCUCCUGUCCACAGCAGUACAUUGCUUAACUUCUGUCUCGGUACUCCUGUAUGUUUCUACAAACAGCCGACAGCCAUCUGCUAAAGGUAAUAAGCUGACUCUAGAUACCUCAUGCAACAUCGCUUCAGAAAAUCAAAACUAUUCCUUAAAGUAGACGUCUAAUUUUGACAUUAUUAUCCCCAAAGUGCCUUAAAAAGUCGAAGACAAUUGUUCGUUAAAGAAAUGUCUAGCUCCAAAGAUAACACAGAUUUAUAAAUGAAAAAAGACAUAGUAUUUAUCUCAUAUGUGCACGAAUAGAUGAGACAUAAUUACUGCAUGUACUUGUCAAAUAUAUGCAACUAUGAACUAAAUCAUCCCACUCAGAACAUUUCAUUUUAAAAGGGUGAGGUCGGGAGUUUCUCAGAGGCCUGAAAGAAACUUCAUCUACAACACUUGAGACAGCUGCUCUUUAACAUUUAUAUGCAAUGUUAGUUAACGAAGACACUAACACAAUCAUCAAAUACUUUAUGUGACAAACAGUCCAGAAAGGCUUUUGUGAAACCCUGAACCCUCCCUGUUAAAGUCCUGAUUGAGGCCUCAUGAAUCUUCUGAAGGACUUGAGGAUUUAAAAUGUUACUGAAAGGGAUUUCUUUGUGUGAGCCUUUAAUGCCAAAGUCGUAAUUAGCUUGAAGUAGGAUUUGUGUCUAUCAUAUAAUGAUGCUGUUGACAUUAUGGAAAAGCCAUUCAGUCGAUGUAAUGAAUGUUUUUUUUGUGUUGCUUUUCUAAAAUAAUGCCGAGUAAAAUUCUUUUUUUUUCUCCAA